AUGGCUACUUCAUUUACAAUUAUUGAUGAUCUUGUUCGUGAUUAUUUUCAAUAUCGUAAUUUAUCAUCAACAUCACGUACAUUUGAUAAUGAAUUAAUAAAAUUACCCAUUGAACAAUAUCGAGCUGAUCAUAUUCUCGAACAGUUAACACUUAAUAUUCAUCAAUUUGAUCUUACUACUUUAAUUGAUUAUUGGACACAAAUUGAACAACGUCUUUUAUCAAAUUUAACAAUUGAUUCUCAAAAAUUAAUAAAUAUUUUUACAAAAAUUCGUACCAAUUUAUAUCGUUGUUAUUUAAUUCAUGCAAUUCAAUCAUCGAAAACCGAUAAAAUAAAUGAAUUUUUCGAUCGUUUAAUUAAAACACUUCAACAAUCAAAUGACUGGUCAAAAGAAUGGUUUACAUUACCAUUUAUUAAAAAUCCGGAAGAAAAUCCAGUUUUUCAAGUUUAUUUUUCCAAACAAUGGAGUGAAUUAUUUUGGGCUUCAUUACAAAAUUUUCUAUCGAUAGCAUUUUUUCAUAUGAUACCAUCGAAGAUCGGUUCAAUUAAAGAGCAAACUGAUCUAUCUAUAUCUUCACCUGAAUUAACCAUAAUAUCGAAAUUACGAAAUAAAUUCCUGCCGAAUCAAACAAUAUCAUCAAAUAGUCAAUUACCAUCGUUUUCUACUCCAUCAGAAUUGAUUUUUGUUCAACCAGUACAAGAAUCGACAAUAGGAAAUCAGAUCUUUUUAUCUACAGAUGAUUCGUCAAGUUCACAAAUCUCAGUAAAAUCAACUACAAUUAUGUAA